AUGGUAACGGAUCCAUGACUGUGCUUCUGUUAUUAUCAACGCCAGUAACGGUUAAACCUAUUGCAUGUGUCGAAAUGAAGGACGAGAAGAGUAACUCUAUAUUGCCCACUGAAGCGACUCGAUUGAGACCAAGAUUGGAAAGUUUCGAUGAUGUUCUGCCGUAUGUCGGUGACUACGGGAGAUAUCAAUGGCUGUUGUUAUUGUCGUUACUACCUUAUGGCGCGACGUACGCGUUUCUGUAUUUCUCGCAAUUUUUCAUUACAAUUAUUCCCACGGAACACUGGUGCAGGAUAGACGAAUUAGUAAACUCGAAUUUCACCGAAGAAGAGAGGAUUAAGAUAGCGAUUCCAGUGACGAACGUUUAUCCUUAUUACGAACAAUGUCAACGGAAGGACGUAAACUUCACAGAGCUGUUGAAGAGCGAUAAGAGCCUGAGCUCAUCGGGCUUCCAAACAAACAAAACGAUAAAAUGUACUCAAUGGGAGUACAUUUACGCAGAUUUACAUUUUACGCAGAUUCCAUAUCCUAGUAUAGGAACUGAGGCGAAGUAUUCACAUCGUUGUCUGAAUCGCAUGCUUCGAAAUUCUUACACUUCUGCUGCGUUCUUUGGGUCAUUUCCGAUCUAA